AAAAAAAAAUGGAUGAUUACACAUGAUUGUUUGAAUAUUUUAUUUAGAGAAACUAAUGGCAUCUAACUCGAGUAUAUGUGGCAUAUGUUCACUUCGCCAAAUAACAAAAGUUUGCAAAUAUUGGUGUCCGGAAUGUGAAGAAGGUAUUUGUGGCGAGUGUCAAGAACAUCAUAAAUUACUGAAGGCUACAAGAUGUCACGCACCAAUACCAAUUUCUGAUUACGAGUCACUACCGUCAUUCAUAACUGGCAUACAACUAUCUUGUAUCUACCACAAUGAAAAGUAUCAACAAUAUUGCGUUAAACAUGCGUUACCUAUUUGUUUCAAAUGCAUCAAUGAUCAUCCUAAAUGUUACGUCACUACUCUUGAGAAGUUUACCAAUAAUUUCAAGACCUCUGAGCAAUUUCUGGAUUAAGAAUCAAGACUUGACGACUUAUUAGAAAACAUCGAUAAAAUUAAAAAGGACAGACAUUCUAAUAUAUCUAACAUUGCAGAAGUGAAAACGCGACUUGGUAAAGACAUUCGACAGAAAAAAACGGAAAUAAACAAACACUUAGACAAUCUUGAGAAACAAAUCAUUGAAGAUCUAGAAAAGAAGGAGUAUCAAAGUAAGGAGAUUAUACAAAAAGUGUUAACAUCUGUCAAAAAACAAGAAACCAUGAUAACUGAAUGUCAGACCAAUUUUUUUAGCAUCAAACAAUAUGCAUCUGAUUUUCAAACAUUUCUUGCAAUAACAGAAAUUGAGAUGAAAGUUACCGAAAAUGAACAAUAUCUGCGGUCAUUGAAAGAGGCAAACAGUUUGGAGAAAAUUGACCUAGUGUGGAAGGUUGAUCCAGCUUGUGAAACUAUUUCAAAAUUCUUUGGAUCAAUUGAAAUGAGAACUCAAACAAGCAGCCUUGAGUUCAUUAGUUCGAAAAUUAAGCAAGCACAGAUACAAGUAGUGACAACGAAAAAGACUAGUAUUAAUGAUGUGAAUUUGAUUCUACAGAAGGAGAUAACAAUAAACGGACAACACAUUAAGGGAUGUUGUAUGUCAAAAGAAGGGGACUUUUUGUUCACAAGUCAUUUUUUCCAAAAAUCGCUCAUCACCAUUGCAUCAAAUGACAAACUCAAACAUAAAAUGCCUCUAGGUCCUAGUUAUGGGUUUGAUAUAACACUGAUUGACGAAACAACUGUUGCCAUUACAGAUGGUAAUUCCGGACAGAAUUUCGGUAUUGAUAUCAUAGAUUUUAAGAAUCAACGCAAAAUAAAAUUCAUUAAACUUCCUGGUCGUACAUGGGGAAUCACGCGAGAUCACGAUUCGCUGUUUGUCUGUGUACAGGGAUUAGGUAUAUACCAAGUAAAUACUUCGGACUAUUGUACAUUUCACGUGAUCAGUUGUAAUUUACCGACCUUUUCCUACGUAUCUGUAUUCUUAGACAAGAUAUACUACACCCACGAUAAAGAUCAUUGUGUAGUUUGUUUGGAUAAAAACGGAUCACAUGUUUGGACCUUUCAAGAUGAACUUAUUUUGAAUAAUCCAAGGGGCAUCGCAGUUGAUAAAAAUGGUAACGUGUAUGUUGUUGAAUACAACUCGUCUAGUGUAAACAUUAUAUCAAGCGAUGGAAAGCAUCACAAACAAAUAUUGACCAGUGAUAACGGUCUUUUUAUGCCAUCUGCUAUUUUCCUUGAUACAGAGAACAGAAAACUGCUUGUUGCAAAUACCAAGAAAACUGCGUUCGUUUACAAUAUUUCAUGAGAACUAUUAAAAAAUGCACGUUCCAACAUUUUUGAUGGUGAUAUCAAAACAAACAGUUCUUAACAAUGUUUUGAAAUUGAAAGUUGAAUAGAGUAAAUGUAAUGUAAGCUGUUUGUUAAGUUAUUUAUUCAAAAUUGAA